CGGCGGGGGCGGCGCGUGCCCCCUCACGCCCGCGGCGCGCGGCCAUGCCGGCACGGAACACGACGAGCAGCGGCGAAGCGCUGGGCGCGGAGAUGGGGGAGCAGGCGGAGGCGGCGGUGAUCACGCCGGCCAUGCUGAAGGAGGAGGAAGAGCUGGAGGCGGCGGGGCUGGAGAAGGAGCGGCAGAUGCUGGAGAAGGCUCGCACGUCUUGGGACAGGGAGUCCACUGAAAUGCGCUAUAAGAGGCUGCAACAUUUGCUUGAAAAAAGCAACAUCUAUUCCAAAUUCUUGCUGACCAAAAUGGAGCAGCAGCAACUGGAGGAGCAGAGGAGGAAAGAGAAGUUAGAGAAGAAGAGAGAGAUGAUGUUAAAAUCUGCCAAGGGUCAAAGCCUGGUAGAUGGCAAAGAGGAGAAAUCAGGUGCAAAAAAGAAGAGAGGGAGAGAAGAUGGGACAUACAACAUCUCAGAAAUUAUGUCCAAAGAGGAAAUAUUAUCGGUGGCAAAGAAAAGUAAAGUGGAAAAUCAGGAUGAAAGCUCUUCUGACAACCUGUGUCCAGAGGACCUGCAGAAAAACGGAGACUCCAACAGCGUCAUUAAGGACAGGUUGUGUCAAGCUGUACGGCACAGUGCCAAGCAGUUCCUCGAUCCGGUGCGGAAGUUUAAUGGACAGCCAGUGCCUUUUCAGCAGCCCAAGAUUUUUACUGGUGGUGUAAUGAGGUGGUACCAAGUGGAAGGCAUGGAGUGGCUAAGGAUGCUUUGGGAGAAUGGUAUCAAUGGCAUUUUGGCUGAUGAAAUGGGGCUGGGGAAGACAAUCCAGUGUAUUGCCACAAUAGCACUGAUGGUGGAGCGAGGAGUCCCUGGUCCAUUCCUAGUAUGUGGUCCUUUGUCUACUCUUCCAAACUGGAUGUCUGAAUUCAAGAGGUUUACUCCAGAGAUCCCACUGAUGCUGUACCACGGAUCUCAGCAGGAGCGUCGGAAACUGGUCCGUAAAAUUCACAGGCGGCAGGGAUCUCUGCAGAUCCACCCCGUGGUCAUCACCUCCUUUGAGAUAGCCAUGCGGGACAGGAAUGCCCUGCAGAGCUGCUUCUGGAAAUACCUGAUAGUAGAUGAGGGUCACAGGAUUAAAAAUAUGAACUGCCGCCUUAUCAGAGAACUGAAACGAUUCAACGCAGACAAUAAACUCCUGUUGACUGGUACUCCCCUGCAAAACAACUUGGCAGAGCUUUGGUCGCUGCUUAACUUCCUGUUGCCAGAUGUGUUUGAUGAUCUGAAGAGCUUUGAAUCCUGGUUUGACAUUACCAGCAUUACAGAAACUGCUGAAGACAUUAUUGCUAAAGAAAGGGAGCAAAACAUCUUACAUAUGCUGCAUCAGAUUCUGACACCUUUCUUACUGAGAAGACUGAAGUCUGACGUUGCUCUCGAGGUUCCUCCUAAACGAGAAGUUGUGGUGUACGCGCCCCUGGCAAAGAAGCAGGAAACUUUCUAUACCGCCAUCGUCAACCGCACCAUCAUGAAGCUGCUGGGAAAUAACGAGGAAGAAGUAGUUGAGUUGAGUCCUACAGGCAGACCAAAGCGCCGGAGUCGAAAAGUGGUUGACUACUGUGAAAACCGUAAUGGCUCACCUGAUGACCUGGAGAAACUCAUCAACAAAGUGCAAGACGAAGUAGAAAAAGAGAGGCCAGUGGUAGAAGUGAGCAUUCCCAUGGACUCAGAGGUGAACCUUAAGCUGCAGAACAUUAUGAUGUUGCUGAGGAAAUGUUGCAAUCACCCCUAUCUUAUUGAAUAUCCGUUGGAUCCUGCCACACAACAAUUCAAGAUUGAUGAAGAUCUAGUAAAGAAUUCAGGCAAGUUUCUACUCUUGGACCGAAUGCUUCCAGAACUGAAAAAGAGAGGACAUAAGGUCUUGUUGUUCUCACAGAUGACAAUGAUGCUUGACAUUUUGAUGGAUUACUGCUAUCUGAGAGACAUGAAAUUUAGUCGAUUGGAUGGCUCUAUGUCCUACUCAGAGAGAGAAGAAAAUAUGCGUCGGUUCAAUACUGACCCUGAAGUCUUCCUGUUCUUAGUGAGUACCAGAGCUGGAGGCUUGGGCAUUAACUUGACUGCUGCAGACACAGUCAUCAUCUACGACAGCGACUGGAACCCCCAGUCGGACCUGCAGGCCCAAGACAGGUGCCACAGAAUUGGUCAGACAAAGCCAGUGGUAGUUUAUCGUCUGGUGACAGCAAAUACUAUUGACCAGAAGAUUGUGGAGAGAGCUGCUGCCAAAAGGAAGCUGGAGAAGCUGAUUAUCCACAAAAAUCAGUUUAAAGGUGGCAAAUCUGGUCUGGCACAGUCCAAGAGCUGCCUGGACCCUCAGGAAUUAAUGGAAUUGCUGAAAUCCCGGGACUAUGAGAGGGAGGUUAAAGGAUCUAAAGAAAAAGUAAUCAGUGAUAAAGACCUCGAGUUACUCCUGGAUAGAAGUGAUCUUCUCGAUCAAAUGAAGACCUCUGAGAAAACGAAAAAGGAGAAAACGGGUGUCUUCAGGGUCCUGGAAGAGUCCUCAGAUUCCAGUGCAGAAUGUGUGUUCUAACGUGCCCACCGUGGCCCAGGUCUUAGGGGACAGACCUCUCUGGGAGAGCCAAUGUCAGAUGUCACUUACACACACUCACCCUUUAUGCUGACUUUCCUUCAGGCCUUGUUCAACUCUCCUCUUCCUUCAGUAAAUGGUACCACGUUCUACACUGCAGGUGAUAGUUUCACGUUGUAGCUUUGGUAGGCUCUUGUAAAGAAUUAAGAGAAGGAGCAUGUGUGAACUCUGCUGACCGUGGCAGAAACUGGCCAAUUGGUGUGGGAAAACAGACUCCUUCCUGUGGAAGUCCUGAAACACUUUGUUGUUAUGGAGUCAUUUAGGGUUUGAUGUGGAAGGGAGAGAAUGUGUAGCCUUGUUACAGACCAGUGUGUAGCUUCUGGUUUUAGCUUCUGCAAAUUAUUUUGGUUGAAUAAAUGUUUGGUUUGUCUAAAA